AUGGACUGUGGAAGCGCUGGAACGGCUGCGGGGAUCGACCCCAAAAUUCUUGAUAAUUGGCAAACCGACGGGGCUUUCUCAGUCGCGUCGUGGGAACAUUUGGGUUACGAACAACCUCCCGAGUGGGACACAAGCCAGGACUCCAGCCAGUGCGCUGACGUCGCGGAUCUGGGCGCUUUCCAUGAUCCGCUAACUGGCUCGUUGCUGGAUCGCUCAGGCGAUCGACAGCGCCCGGAUAACCGAAAGCGAGAUGUGACCGAGAACUUCAACUACGAUAGGGCCGGUGAGGGCUCUGGGAGUGGCACUGUGAGUCCUCGGACGCUGCCCUCCUCGGCCGAUGACCACUUUCACGCCGAAGAAACGUGGCCUCAUUUCCAGCUUUUCAACCCGGUUGCGGCUGGGAUGCCGCUCGAGACGCCUCUCAUGUACCCAUACGGCAAAGCCCCGAACCCCUCGAAUGCUGCAGUGAUUGUGGAGGAUAUGGGUGAAAUUCCCCAAGGCCAGGGGUUCCCGGAUGCACCGGCUGAGGCUAUGAUGUUCCAGCAGAUGCCACAAUCUUUCCCUUUGAUCCCAGAACAGUGGGAGAUUCCCCAUGGGAUUUCAAUGGAGAAUAUUCCAGGGCAAGGCGCGAUUCCGCUGUCGAUUGAUACCCAGAAUAACGGCAAGGAUCAAUCACUGCGCGAGUUCCAGCAGCCUUCGAUCAGAUCCCUCGAGUCACGCUGGCUUAAUAACCUGGAGUCGCAGUUGCCGGUCUCUCAAAUGACGCCCCCGUCUUUGAUGGCAUCGCAGAAACGCGGUCAGACCGGACAUGACGGGUUUCAUUACAAAUCUGAGAGUUCCUCGGUUUCGGGAGAUGUGUCUGGAAUUUAUGAGUGCUCGUACUCUGCAACGAGCGAGGAACCUCCCACGUUUGUGGAGCACCAGGUGGAUGAUUCCAAUCAGUGGAAAAUCGCCACGCCAGACACUGGCUCCCCCGAGAACUCACAGUCUGGGUCGAAGACUACAGCUUUCAUGGUCAGUGAGUCCCCAUCGGAACUGAUGGGCGCUGUUCCCUCGCGAUCGAGGAACUCCUCGACUACAAACCAGCGCUCUUCAGGCCGGCCUAUGCCUCUUGCCAUGCAAUCCGUGGCCACGGUUCGGAAGCGCAAGAACCGAAGUGCCCCGGGCUCCAUGGACCAGGGUCCGGCCAAGCCUCUUCAGAUUGUCCAGGAAGAUGGACAAGGUGGCUCCAUUGCAUCUGCAGACUUUGUCUCUCCUCCAAGGGGCGCCCGCCGCAAGGGCCCUCUGAGUAUGGUCGGCCGAGCCAACGCUGGUCUACGCCGCAAGAAUAAGGAUACUUGUGUCCAAUGUCGAUUGAACAAGCGCAAGUGCGAUGGAAGCGCGCCUUGUGAUGCCUGCCGCCCUACACUACACGAGCAGCCGUGUGCACGUGCAUGCUUCUCCAGCAUUGUUGAAUUUGGAACCUGCAAUUAUAUCUCUCAGCGAGCUAUCAACCAUCCGGCCUUGGAUGGAAGUGGCACCGUCCGCAUGGAAAUCCCAUCGGAGUUUGACAUGAGCCAGCUCCUGUCAUUCCUCGGCGAACGCCAGGGACGGUUCAACAUCCGUGCUAGUCAGGCAUGGGGCUCUCUGUAUGUUCUCGACCUUGGAGAGACCUACCGUUUCCUGAAGGGUCUGAGCGAGUAUAACGGGAACUCGAAGUCUACCUUCCUUGAAUUCAUCGAUCGCCGGAUCGUCGAGUCGAAGGACAAGUCCAAGAACUGGUUGUCCUGCGUCAAGGACUGCGACCCAAUGAACCAAGCCUACAACUUGCUCUCCCAAUGGAACAACAUGCCUAGCCGUGCGAAGUACACCAUUGUUCCCCUCGAUGCUAACGGCCAAGAACGGGACAUGGACAUCAACAACCCCGACGACCGACGAGACAUCCUUCUCGCAGCACAGUUAUCUCGCAUCGUGUGCCGCAUGCUCGAAGUUGAAGGCUUCCGCAAGCUAGAGCGUGACUUUUACAACAUCAAGUGGAAGCAGAUCUCUCACGAGACCCACAUUCGCUUCCUGGGUGAAUUAGGUCACAUCCUCCUUUCGCUGCGAUGGCGUUGCUCCUGGUGGAAGCGACUGGGUGACGGAGGUCAAAGCCCCGAUCCUAGCCAGCAACACUACGUUGACCGUGUCGAACUGCUUUGCCGCAUCCUGUAUGUCUACUACACCUGCGUUCUAGCGAAGCUGCCGUCGUGGUCUACGACCGAGGUGCCCAAGGGUAUUUGGUCUUCUUACGCAGACUCGGAGAACGCAGUGUGGGAUGACUUCCCCCAUGACCCAACGGACCAGGGCUUCUUGAACUGGAUGAACCAUGGUCGGGACUUGAUUGAGCAAGCAGGCGUACCAAAUAAGGUCUCCAAGCUUUAA